UCUCUUUACCCUCGAAUCAUUAUUACGACACGUCAGUGAACCCUGAAGGCAUCACGUUUGUGUGGAAGAGCGGCUUGAGGCGGCUGAACUAGUGGAUUAAGCUCGGGCAGUCAGCGAGCCGGUUAUUAAAUUGAGGCGAGCCGUCAUCAUGACUACUCUGGAUGACAAGAUCCUGGGAGAGAAGCUGCAGUAUUACUACAGCAGCAGUGAGGAUGAAGGCAGCGACAAUGAUGAUGAGGAUGGGGAGAACAAGACCAUUAGGGAUGCUGAAGUCACGGAACCCGAGAUAGACUACAGCGCAGAUGGAAGUGCUGUGAACACAGGGCCCAAGGGUGUGAUCAAUGACUGGAGGAAGUACAAGCAGCUUGAGGUGGAGCAGAAACAAGAGCAGAAGAAGGAGAUGGAAAGACUGAUCAAGAAGCUGUCGAUGACAUGCCGCUCUAACCUCGACCAGGAAAAGGACCAAGAGAAACAGAAGGCACUUCAGGAAAAAAUCCAAGGCAAAAUGACCAUGCAGGAGUACAACAUGCUUCAGGAAGAAGAGGAUGAUGAAGAAUUCCUCCAGCAUUACCGCAUGCAGCGCAUCGAAGAGAUGCGGCGCCAGCUGUGCCGCGGCAAGCGUUUUGAGCAGGUCUACGAGCUAAACAGUGGGGAGGAGUUCUUAGAGGCUUUAGACAAAGAGGACAAAAGCACCCUGGUCAUGAUCCACAUCUACGAGCCGGACGUCCCGGGCUGCGAGGCCAUGAGCGGCAGCCUGAUGUGUCUAGCUCAGGAAUACCCGCUGGUCAAGUUCUGCAGCGUGCGCAGCUCAGCCAUCAGCACCAGCGCACUGUUCAGAGACAGCGCUCUGCCUGCUCUGCUCGUUUACAAAGCCGGGGACCUGAUCGGCAACUUUGUGCGGCUCACAGAUCAGCUCGGGGAAGACUUCUUUGCCGUAGACCUGGAGGCCCUGCUGCGGGAGUACGGCUUGCUGCCCGAAAAGCCUCCCGUCGUCCCAAAGAUGGUUCGCAACGGAGCAAUCAUACAGAGCACUGUGAGCGACGAGGACUCUGACCUUGAUAUAGACUAGAGCCAUAGCUUCUAACAUGUAUGAUAUGCUUGGGAAAACUGUACACAGAUGUGGUCCCUCUGUAGCAACAGAGCGAGCCUUGACUGACACCUCACCACUCACGCAGCCACACACAACCAGCAUUAAAGCAGAACCAAAAGUGAGUGCAGACACCACAACUUAGUUCAUUUCAUCCUAUCAUUCCAUAGUAAAUAUGAGUUAUUUGAUGAGUGUAAAUAUCAUUAUCAGAGGGUUUCAGAAUACUGUAGAUGUUUUACGUUUUGUUUGAGCUGACAACUUUACCUAUUUAUUGUGUUAAACCACAUUGCCGUGUAUUCAUGUGCUUCACUGUGUAGAAUAGAAAACCUUUGGGCCAAACUAACUAUUAGUUAAUUUUCUAACUUUUAUAUGUGCUCCACCAUAUCAAAUAGUCAGGACAAUAAAGUGUAAAGUGUUUGGACUUGGUA